UUUAAAUUUGAAAACUGCCGUAGCUUCGCCAGUGUCUCGCUCAUCCGUUCAGUUCAUCAGUCGUGUUCCUUUCUUCUAAUCGGUUCUACAACUGUUCUCUUUGACAGUGUGUUAUUUUUCCGCCUUAGCUGGUGCUUUCAUUUGCACUCAAAUCUUCGAGGACUACCGCUAACGUCUCAUUUGUAGUGCUUCGUCCCUGACAAUGGCCUCCAAGGAGAACUUCCCGCCGAGUCCGCCAAGAGAACUUCCACCGGGCGCAAAACCGAAAAAGUUCACAACGGAAUGGACACUGCAGGAUUUUGAAGUAGGCAAGCCACUGGGCAAGGGGAAGUUCGGAAAUGUUUACCUGGCACGCGAGAAAAACACCAAGUUCAUCAUCGCCCUCAAGGUGAUGUUUAAAUCUCAGCUUCAAAAAAAUAAUGUUGAGCAUCAGCUUCGCCGUGAAAUUGAAAUCCAGUCGCAUCUCAGCCACCCUCACGUCCUGAAACUGUACGGGUGGUUCCACGACGCCACCCGGAUCUACCUGAUCCUGGAGUAUGCACCCAACGGCGAGCUCUACAAGCAGCUCACAAAGGCCAAGAGGUUCGACGACAAGAGGGCCGCCACCUACAUCUACCAGAUGUGUGUGGCCCUCAAGUAUUGUCACGCCAACAAGGUGAUCCACCGGGACAUCAAGCCCGAGAACCUGCUUCUCGGCUACAACGGGGAGCUCAAGAUUGCGGACUUCGGCUGGUCUGUGCACGCGCCCUCAUCCAGGCGGGUGACCAUGUGCGGCACCCUGGACUACCUGCCGCCCGAGAUGGUGGAGAACAGCGUGUACGACGAGCGGGUGGACCUGUGGGCCCUGGGCGUGCUCACCUACGAGUUCCUGGUGGGCAACCCGCCCUUCGAGUCCAAGUCUACCCAGGCCACCUACGGUCGCAUCCGUGCCGUGGAUCUUCACUUCCCGGAUCACGUCUGCCCGCCGGCUAGGGACCUCAUCGGCAAGCUCCUGAAGAAGGUCCCGAAGGAACGAGCAUCGUUGGACGAAGUGCUGGCACACCCGUGGGUCGUGGACAAUGCCGACACGACCGUCGAAGCGUCGACUCUUUGAAUGCAUCGCGACAGCCAUUUUUAUCAUUUUGACAAACUCUAGACCUGUCUGUACUGUGGACAGAUACCGAACGGGAGAGAACUUCCUUUUCUCGGUUCUGCCCCUCAAAUCCACUAGUCAGAUCAAGGUCUUUUUUUUUUUUUUUCUUGGGUAUUUUUGGGAGUUUUAUGUACAGAUAAAUGACUCUUUGUAUAAAGACACUUUGUAACAUAAAAUAUGCGCGGGAGAUAGACGAUUUUAUAUUUUAUCAAUAAACUGCUCGCUGAAGUUUCUGUU